AUGGUGUUCCCAAAGCCACGGAGCCGAGAUGAAAGAAAACUCCGGUCGAGAACAAUUAUUUCACACGUGCUUCAGCUCAUCAAUCACACGCCGGGCAUGAACAUCGGCCAAAUCGGCACGGCACCGAAGCGGAGAAACCCCGAAAAGAUGCAUCUGUGUACUCUGAACCAUCUUCCAGCACUGAAGAGUCUUGGACGAAUCCCACCUUCGGACGACACCGAUGUCGGGGUUCUCACCGCGCCCACGCCUACGCCGCCCGGGUAUAACCCGGCCCCGCCCUCGCGACGCGAAACCAACGACUCAAAACGCAAGACUGCGAGUGACCUGGGCGUUGGCGUCAUCCAUUCUCUUUCCCUUGCAAAUCACCUAAUCUUUGUCUGCGGAGGAAGACUUGUCCGGCACGGUUUGGGAAGAAAAGCCAUGGCCGGCCCCGUGGACGCCCGCGAUGAGAGCGCGAAGCCUCAGUCGGCGACCGCACCGACGUCGACGUGGACGCGCGUCCGGAUCAAGGCGGUCAAGAUCUUCAAGCUCGUCUUGGCGCAGUGGCUCGUUAUCGGCUUCGCUUUGAGCUGUGUUUUUGCGUACUUUUUCCCGAGUAAGUUGGAAUCUACGCACGUCUCUUCAUUUGAAAACGGAGAAGGUGGACCGAUCAGGUCAGAGUACACCAUCAUCUAUGGCGGCAUCGCCAUCAUCUUCCUCGUCAGCGGCUUGCAGCUCUCGCACGCGAAGCUGAGGCAGAAUGUAGCCAAUUGGCGUUUGCAUGUCAUUGUCCAGGGUAUCAGCUUUAUCGGGAUGGAGGCAUUGGGCGAAACACCCAUCUCAAACCAUAAACUAACACAACCCCAAAAAGUCAUCGUACACAUCAUCAUCGCAGCAGGCGGCCUCCGCACCCAAGCCCUCGCAACCCCCAUCAUCGUAGGCAUGGUCGUCGCCUCCUGCCUGCCAACAACAAUCGCCUCCAACGUCGUAAUGACCCGCGCCUCCGGCGGCGACGACGCAGCCGCCAUCAUCGAGGUCGUCAUCGGCAACGUGCUAGGCAGCUUCAUCUCUCCUGGUCUAAUUUACGGGUUCAUUCCCAAGACGCCCGAGUUUGCCGACUGGCAGCCCGCGAACCCGAGCACCCUGGGUGCCAUGUACGCCAAUGUCCUGAAGCAAUUGGGCUUGAGCGUGUUGUUGCCGUUGGCUGUGGGACAGGUUAUGAGGUGGUUUUGGGAGAAGAAGGUCGAUUGGGCGCUGAGGACGUUUUAUCUUGCCAAGGUGUCGACGUUUUGUCUGAUUUUGCUUGUCUGGACAACAUUCUCAGCAGCCUUCAAAACAGGCGCCCUCUACGUAACCCCCCACCCCUCCAUAAUCUUCAACGUCUUCAUGAACGUCGCCCUCUACGCCCUCUUCACCCUCAUCUGCUUCUACGCCGCCCGCCCUCCCUUAGCGCUCUGCAACGCAAUCAAUCCUCGUCUCGCCGAUUCCCGCCCCUUACAGUCCCGCUGGGUACCCAACUUCCUCCGACGCGCUGUCACGGUUCAACAGUUACCGAGAGAGCAGAUGAUUGCCGUCUGCUUCUGCGGCGCGGCCAAGACAACGUCGUUGGGAAUCCCGCUGGCGACGGCUAUGUGGACGCAGUCGGAUGAUUUGACGAGGGCGUUGAUUCAGAUUCCAGUGUUGUUGUAUACCAUCGAGCAGGUUUUCAUGGCGCAGAUUUUGGUGUACGUAUUCAAGUGGUAUUUGAGGAGGGCUGCUAAGGCUGAAGGGGAUGAAGAGGGGGGCAGUGUUGGGUCUGGGGUUACAAGUGUGGCUGGGCAAGGGAGGGGGGAGGAAGAGGGGGAUCGGUCAUCUAGGAAGUCAAUUGGUGAGAGGGAUGAUGAGAAGAAGGGCGGAGAAGUCAGGGACGGGAUCUUCAGCUUGUUCAGCGUAAUGUACGCAGCUCCACCUAACGCAAAAACCAAAAGGCUAGGCGUGAAAAUGGAGUUCUUUCCAACCUACCCCCGCGAUGGCCCCAUGUACGUUGAAUACAGCGCCAUGAAGAAACAUGUCCUCCUGAAUGGCCUCAUCUUCAACACAUACCUAAGCACAUUAGUCCUAUCUAUGCAAGAAGCGCACCCUAACAACAUUUUCAUCCCCCGGCCUUCAUCUUCGAGCCUUCACCUUUGGCAGUGGCUCAUCUUCAAUCGUACUGUCACCAUGGACACCGCCGGUUCGGAGUGUCUCGAAAACCAAAACUCUACGGACUGUCUGCUCCGGGCUCUUCUGAACAUUCUUGCGGAGCAAAAACAAGCACAAGAUGCAGGCAUCGAUUGGGAUCCCAUCACCUUCGGCUUUACGCUUUUGAUUGGAUUGGUAGCCUCCAUGGUUGCUCUUGCUACAGUCUUCCAAGCUGUUCUUGCGGGUGGGAAAGGUGGUCGUAGAGCAAAUGGUCGAGCCAUCGGGAAAUGGUCGAAACGAACCACAAGGAAAUGGAUUCUUUCCGAAAUGAGCUGGAGUUACACCGCCUAUACUCCCAUGCUGAGACUGGACAAUCUGAAACGACAGCUUGACGAUGCGAUACGAAAGCUGAAGAACGAAGAAGAGAAAAAGCCGAGGGAGGAAGAGAAACAAAGGCUGCCGCCCUUGCUCCCAGCGAGUGCGCUUGUUAGGUUACUGCCCUCUGAUGUUGUUGGCUCUCCAAUUGAGGCCAGAAGAGUGGAAGCACGAAAAGCACCCAUUCCUGAUGUGCCGUCAUAUCCAGCUACAUGGCUUGCUCUUUUCAAAACCACUGGGUUGGAAAACUUCGACGGGUUUGAUCUUAUGCCAGUCACUGCCGACUAUCUUCCAGAGGACUUUGUUGCCGCUCCUGCUUCUGCAGAGGUUGGCGCGAUUGUGGUAAUCGCAGCAGCUGCUGGGGUCCAGCGGUUGGACGCCGACGCAGAUUUAUACCCUGUCAUCAUUGGCUGCGGCUUCCAAUUUGAUUUCCGUCAGCACCCAGUUCUCGGUGUCAUUGGGGCAUUUUCUGAGCAUCAUAGCAGAGACAACGACAUUACGCCGACGCCCGUGAUCAAAGGAACAGACUGCUUUCUCCCAGAUCGCUACACCCUCAGCCGGCACUACAUACCGACCGUCGUCUUCCUCUGGGCCAAGUCGCCAAAGUUCACUCCGUCUCUCUUCCCAGGACCAGUGUGGAAAGAGUAUAACCCGUUCACGGCCAUUGCUCUAAACGGAGGGUUUUGGAGUAAAGUUCGAUUCGAUCGAUUUCAAGAAUCGGACUGGGAUGAAAAUGGCCGUUCUCUUUCGUUCUUUAAGCAACCGUUUGAUGACUUAUCAGCUGCUGAACUGCGAGGACAUGCUUUCAAAGCGAUAAGAGGUGAAGUAGCAGGGAGAGACUACCCAUGGCUCCGCUGUCCACAAGUACUUCGGUUGUGUCUUACCCUACUCAAUAAUCCCAUGGAUCUUCGACAAAAAAUUUCGAACUUCACAUUUAGUCAAAAGGAAAAGCUUCGUGAAGAAGCACGCAAACACUUGAAUUACGCGGACGCCUGGCUAGCAGAUUGCGAUGGUGGCAUGGGCAACAUUGAAGGCCGGAUUCAGCUCUUGUUCUUUACGACGCAGAUUCUAUCCCGAGCAGAGACUAUGACGCAGAAAGGUAUUCUUCAAGUUCCCGAUAGAACGGAACCAACACUGGAAACGUCGGAACCGCCACAGCCUCCGAUGACAGUGCGAGACAUUCACUCCAAGACGAUUCAAGCCCUCCACAACCUAGUCGAUGGCUUCGAACUCGAGCUCGAAGGCCUCAAAGCAGCCUUGAAGAUAAAAGUGGCGAAUCACGGUAGAACAAGAGCUUAUUCGCAGUGGCAUAGUGGCAGAUUCGGAGCUCUACGAUGUCACUUGCGUAACAAGUUCUUCGGUGGCCCGCCAACACAGACAGACUUGGAAAUAACUCCUGAAGAUCAUGAAUAUCUGGAACAUUUCAGGAGAAAGUUAGAGGAGUCUAAGAUACAAGUAGAAAGAUUAGUAGGACCCUCGUACAACGUGCCAACCAAUUUCUUCAACACUCAUCAAAUGCUAAGCAGGUUAGCGAAAAUAGUAGGUUGCCACUCUGAGUCAAGUAAUGAAGACAGAGAGAACGAGGAAUUGAAUCAAAAGAUUGAUGAUAUCAUCAUAUAUCGCUCUCUGCUUCUAGGAGUGCUAUUCUAUACAGCUCUCGACAAUUCUGAGUUGCACAAAUCAGGAGUAUGGGAUCGUGUGGUCCCCAUCAUUUGA